UCCCACCCCACAGAUGGACGACAUGGCUGCAUACUACCCUCCGCCUUCGGCUCAUCCGCCACCACCUUUCCCUUAUUACCAACCCCAUCCGCCGCCCCUGGGACCGCCGGCUCCACCGCCACAACAGGUGGCUCCGCCUCCCCUCCGCCGCCUCCUCAGCAACAGCCAUUCCUUUUCCCUCACCAGCCACCACCACCCCCAUUCGCCUCUUAUGCCCCUCCUCUUUACCCGCAGACGUCGGUCGAUGAGGUCCGGACUCUGUUCGUUGCAGGGCUGCCGGAGGACGUCAAGCCUCGGGAAAUCUACAAUCUAUUUCGGGAGUUUCCAGGGUACGAGUCUUCACAUCUCCGGAGCCCCUCGCAGAAUUCUCAGCCAUUUGCUUUUGCUGUAUUCUUGGAUCAACAGUCCGCAAUUGCAGCAAUGCAUGCGCUGAAUGGGAUGGUGUUUGACCUUGAAAAGGGAUCAACCCUUUAUAUUGACCUUGCAAAAUCAAAUUCCAGAUCUAAACGCUCAAGAGCAGAUGAUGAAAGACCUGGCUUGGAUAAGAAAGUUAAAGGAUCUGCUGGAUUCUCAAGGCCUCCCGAUUCUGGUGUUGGCAGCGUACACAUGCCUGGAAUGGGUAAUUCUGCUUACAGCAUGAUUGGUUAUCCAUCUACACAAAGUCAUGGAAACUUUGAUGGCAGGGCUUUAAACGAGACUCCUGCAAAAUUGAAUAAUUCUUCAGCACCUUAUUUUCCACAAAAUGUUACACCAUGUCCGACACUUUUUGUGGCUAAUCUGGGGCCAACUUGUUCAGAGCAAGAGCUAAUUGAUAUAUUUUCAAGAUGCCCUGGAUUUUUGAAAUUGAAGAUGCAGAGCACAUAUGGAACUCCAGUUGCAUUUGUUGACUUCCAGGAUACGCCCUGUUCGACAGGAGCCCUAAAUCAUCUCCAAGGCACAGUUCUAUACUCAUCACCAGCUGGUGAAGGCAUGCGAAUAGAGUAUGCUAAAUCAAGGAUGGGAUUGCGGAGAAAGCCGAAGUAAAUGCAGAAAGAACAAGCAAGGGAAGAUGACCAGACCAUGCACAUAUAUUGUAGCCUUCACCUAAGGGUAUGCUCAUUGGCCCUGGUUUUUGUACCAAGAGCUAGGCGAACUGAAUAUCAGCAGAUUAGUUAUUACUCAAUUUCCUUCUCGACAGUUCAUAACCUUUGAUAGCUUUGACGGUUGAAUAAUGCAACCUGGAAAUAAAUUCAUGCCCUUUAGCAAAUUAUUGGA